AAUGUGCAGCUCUAGUGGUUUGAGCACACCUCUGCACGCCUCUGCGCAUCCUUUUUUACAGCCCUCAGGUGUUUCUCUCUCCGACCCCGCCUGUUAUCUGAAGCGUAUUUAAACCGCAGCAGACUCUCUGAUCUGGCAGAGCAGCAGAGGCAGUGCAGCUUGAUACUGAAGGUCAAUAAAGCAGCUUUUCAUCCUGAGAGCUUGGACACAAACAAGUGGACGAUGGCUGGUGAACAACGCUUUGUGAUGAGUGCCCGCAUUAUCGGAGCCGUCCACAGGGACUCACCAAAACUGAAGAUGUUCAUGAUAUCUGUGUUGUGGUCUGACGAGACUGACGUUAUUGUCUACAGGUCCUUCAAGGAAUUCAAGAAAUUGCAUAUGCAGCUGAAAAAGAGGUUCCCUCACAUGAACCCUUUGACUAAAGACGACAGAGUGAUCCCCAAAUUUAAAGGGCAGGCCAGGAGGAACAGCCUCCAGCAGAAAGGAUCCAAGCGAUCCGUCCAACGCAUGAAGUUCCUGGAGAGCUACUGCGACGAGCUGUUGAAGUGCGACCAAACUGUGACUCAGAGCUCCGUGGUUUUUCAGUUCUUCAUGCCCAAAGACCACGACCUGCAGCCGGACUUCACCAAGAACAGCAUCAUGAUCCUGCUGUCUGAUGAUCUGCCAGAUGGCUCAGCUGGAGGAGGCGGUGAUGUGACGCGCCAGCAUGCAGGCAGCGUCACUCACCCGUUUGUCACCCAGACUGUCCGCUGCGUGGCCGCUUACGAGACAAAGGACACCAAGAAUCGUCCAUUUAAGGUCUCUGUGGACGAGAAGCUGGAUGUUUUGAUUAAAGACCCUACAGGUUGGUGGCUGGUGGAGAACGAGGAUAAGCGUUUGGCUUGGUUUCCUGCUCCCUACCUGGAGUUAUGGGAAGGAGAGGACGACGAGGACGAUGAUGAUGCUGGAUUCAAGCUUGCAGGUGCCCUGUACUGCGCAGUGAGGAGUUACUCAACUAAGAAGGAUGACGAGGUGUCUGUGCCCAUUGGCUCUGUGGUGGAAGUGCUGAGGAAGUCUGACAACGGCUGGUGGCUCAUCAGGUUCAAUGGCAAAUCAGGUUACAUCCCCUCCAUGAACCUGAAACCAUACAACAACCCCCGGGCAGGCCUUUACAGCCUGCAGAGAAAGCUUAACAGUUCCACUCUGAACCUGGCAACCAGCAGGGAACCUCAGGCUCCUCGUCCAAUCAGCAGCAACAAAGAAAACAGCCCACGACGGGAUUCUGAAGAUCAGACAAAAGGAGAGCCCAGUGUGCCAGGGCGUCUCCAAAAGGCCCAAUCUCUGGAUGUCCUCUCUGAGAACUGGUCGCAAACACCGUCAGAGAGUGAGGCCUCAACCUCAAACGGCCGUACACGAAGCAUGAGCAACACAAGCACCGAGAGCAGCUUCUCAGACUUCUCCUCAAUCAGUGAAUCAUUGAGUCCCACAGGCAGUCCUAUAGCCUCUUUCCAGCCUGGUUUCAGUGACAAUGGGAGCAGCACCCCCGAACUCACUCUCUCUGACCGCCGCGGAUCCAAAUGGAGCUCUGACAGCUCAGCAUCCUUCAGCUCCAAAGGCAGUGAGACGGCUUCAAUCGCUCCCAGGGUGCCACCCAGACCAAAAACCGAGGAGAUCCUGACCCGCUGCACCACCAUGACCCGCAAGGCAGCCCUGGCCACCAAGACCCGGCUUCAGAUUCAGCCAGAGUUGAUCCACAGCCGCUAAGGAAUCACCAGCCAUUGAUCUAUGAAGUAUUCAUGGAACAUAUAUAACCUGUUUGACCCCAUAGGGUCUGUCAAUCAAGUGUGUUUUGUGCAGCAUUGUUUAUAUCUCUAUUUGAAAUGUUUGUCAUAACACAGAUUGAAGAAAUAGUAACCGUGACAAGAUAAAUAUAUGUUGAAAACCACAAGAUACCAUAAUAACAAUAAUGUAGCUUCAGUGAAGCAUCAGAAGGAGCACCAACAAGAACAUGUAUGUGACAUUCAUCCAAGAGUAAACAAAUAUUCUCUCUAGCUUUGAUACCACUUCAGGGAUAUGUGGUUGUUAUACUAAACUGUAUUUGAUUUAUCCUUCUUUACCAUUCAUCACAGUUUUUAAGACAUAGAAAUCAGUUCUGCAAGUUCAGAGCUUUUUGGUGAUAAGAAUUAUUGUUAAUCACCAAAUUAUCAAGCACUUUUUAUUUGUGAUAUCAUUCACAGCAGUAAUUUAAUGUUUAUACUAUGUUAGAGUUUAUAUGAGUAGACUGAAUCCCAGUCUAAAGGCUUCUUGAUCCAUUUCCAAGGCAGUACAAUGAUGGGCGUGUCAGCAGACGAGAAAGGAUUACCGGUUUCCUCACAGAACAUACUCCUAUUUAAUUAUUACCUUCCAAUUUCUGUUUUGUUACUCAUUGUAUGGUCAUUUAUAUUCAUGUAGUGUAUUUUAAUCUGUUCACACUUUUCACAUUAACAUGACAAUAAAGUCCUUGUUUAA